AGACUGGGUGUUCGGGGCUUUCGGCUCCACUCGGAUCCGCUCGGCAGCGCUCGGGCUGUGGAGCAGAGGGCAGUCAGGCAGGCAGUGGGAGCGCGGAGCUCCGGAGACGAGCACGCACACACACACACACACACCUGGUCUGACCGAGGAGGAGAGUUCAGCUCCUGACGUGCACACAGCGCCCGGGUUAACCACUGGAGGAAUGCGGAGCCGCUAGAACCGGGGGGAGCUGAGCUGGAAGUUCACAUCGACUCGCACGAACUUUUCAUUCGGAACCAACUUGGCGAGCGAGUUCCUCCGAACAGGAUCAUGGCCACUGGCGGGUUCAAGCCGAACGCCACCACCGACUUCCUGGAGGAGUGGAAGGCGAAGAGGGAGAAAAUGCGGGCCAAGAUGCUGGGGGACAUCGCGGCAGCCACCGGGGCUCCGCUGGGCUCCGGCCCCGGGAACAACGGCCGCCUCGCCGCCGGAGCUGUGCCGGGCACCGAGCUCACCAACAACGGCAACCCGGAGCGAAGCGCCUCCUCCGGGAACUGCCUCCCCUCCUCCCACUCGGUGGCUCGGUCCUCCUCCGGCUCGGCUCUGAGGAGACCCGAGGAGGACGCAGUGCACCUCCCCGCUCACCCCGCAGCCGCCCCGGCCAGCAACCCGAAGAAGGCCCCGCCUCAGCCGGAGAAAGCUCCGUGCGCCUCCCCGGACUCCAGCCCCGCGAUGGCGUGCAACGACAGCGACAAGGAGAGCCCCUCACCCGGGAAGGGCAAGGAGAAGAAGAGCAGCGGCCCCAGCGCCAGGAAGGGCAAGGGGCAGAUCGAGAAGAGGAAGCUGAGGGAGAAGAGGAGAUCCACAGGUGUUGUCAGCAUGCCGUCCAACGAGAGUCUGGACGAGCUGGACGACGACGACCCAGGGGAGAAGGACAAGAGGGAGGAGGAGCUGGUUCAGGCCAACACGUUCCAGAACGAGGCCAUGGCUGCUGACCCCACCACCGGCCACUUACUGGACAGCCCGAGAUGCGGGAGCAGCCGGCACAAGAGCGCUGCAGGACCAGGGUCUGAGGAGGAGGUGGGCGGGAACAGCCGGCAACGGCACAACCGUCAGGCCAGAGACGGAGGAGCUGCGGCGCAGGGAGGUCUGGAGAAAAGGAUGGAGGAGCUGGAGAGGGAGCUGGCCAGAGAGCGCCAGGAGAGCGCCCGGCUGCUGAAGGCCCACCAGGACAAAGACGACCUCAUCGGGAAGCUGAGGGAGGAAAUCGACUUGCUGAACAGAGACCUGGACGACAUUGAAGAUGAGAACGAGCAGCUCAAACAGGAGAACAAGACUCUGCUGAAGGUGGUGGGUCAGCUGACCAGGUGAAACCCCCUCUCUCUCCCGACCUCCUGCCCCUGGGUCAAGUCCUUCACCGUGGCCUUUUUAACUGUUUGAUUCUGUCUCUAUUUGUGUGUUAGAGGUGAAACUGCAAAGUCCUGAGAGCCUCUCAGCCUCGAAUGCAUCGUGGUGAAAGCUGAGUGAAGCGGGGGUGCUGACGUGCUCCUGACAGGAUAUACACAUAUUUAAUGUAAAUGUAUUGUAUAUAGGCCAUUUAGAUCUGUUCAUUAUUUUAGAUUCUUGACAAGGUCUUAAAAAGCAAAAGUGAAUGAAUGUAUGUGCUGCGAGAACGAGCGCACACCGAGUCUCUUAAAACUUGUUGAGAGGCUAAAAAGAAAAGUCUCGUAUUUUAGACAGUUCCACGUCUUUGCACACGGAAGAUCUCCAGUGUUGUACUGUCUCUGGGACCAGGGAAGAUUCUUAAGGUCGGGCACAAGAAAUAAUGAGGAGAAGGGUUUUUUUAAGACUAUAAAAUCACUAAUGUUAAAAACAAAACACCUUGUGUAUAUGAAUUGGUGAAAUUGUUGCUGUUUAGGAGAAACCACACAGGCUCACUCAUAGAAAUCAGUUCCCGAAGUAUGUCUCAAUUCUUACAUCAUUAUCCAUGAAUCAACCCCUAAGGAAUCUGUGAAAAUGUCAAAACAAGGGUAAAUAUUUUUCAGAAAACAUUCUUCCUCCUCAUUUUUUUUAAUCCUGUCCCUGAUCCUCUUCCCUAGUUGGACAUUUGGACCAAAUUCAACAUAAUUACUGCGUCAGUACCAUCAGCCAAAGUGGGCUCAGCGCCUUGCAAUGCAUGUGAGAUUUUUGUUUUUAUCAAAUCUUUUAAAAAUACAAUAAAAAUCUGGUUCUCCGGUGCCAGAUUUACCUUUUUUUUUUCAACGAAUAUUUCUUGGUACAUUUGAAUCCCACUGGAGCAUCUACAAACCCGAAUGAGGAAAAUAUCAAAAUUUGACGGCACAAGCAAGAAUUUCUAUAAAUUGAAACGCUUUAUGCUUUUUUUAAUGUUAGCAUCUGAGUAUAAUGUCUGUGAUGAGAUGUUUUAGGGUGAAACCCUCGUCUAGUAUAAACUGUAUGUGGAUUCUCUCCUUUUUGUUUGUUUUUAUUUGCUCUUGUUUACAAGUUAUGGUCUUUUGCAAUAUGUGAUAGUGAGAUAGCUGCUCUGAUUUACGGCAUCUGCGAUGUGUGGAGUGAGCUACAGUGCAUCUUCGUACGAUAACCAAAUGAACUGAAGGAUAUUUGAAAUGCAUCUCUGUCGUUUACUCAAGGGAGCAGGUUCGGCUGGUUGAGGCAUUUUACUUUCUGUACUUAGAUACAUGUUAAAUCCAGCGAGGAGCCGCUCGCUGUGGCAAAUCAUCGAUAGACGAUCAAUAGACGACUCUGCUUCCACAUAUGCGCUCACUUGUUUUUUUUUUCUGCCUUCAAACCCGUCGCAGACAGAACAUCACAGACCCGUCUCUCCUUCCCAUUACAUUAUGCAUGUACAGAAGAUUAAGUCAUUUAAUAAAAGUUUGAUUAUCUCUCUCCUCAA